GUAGCGGAGUGCUUAGUCAGAAACACAAUGAGCUGCAAAGUGGUCACAGCACUGGCAAUAUUCUUUCUAAUUAUUGGCGCCGAAACAUGUCAGGCGAAAAAAAUUCUAUGUCUCAUGGGCAUAGGAGCGGGAACAACGGACAAAUGGAAUAAGGCCCUUUUGCAAGAAUUGGAAAAUAGACAACAUCAGCUGACCAUAGUCACUGCCACCUCAUGGACAACGGACGAGGAUGUCUUUCCCAAUGCCAGAUUGGUGCAUUUGGAGAAGACUCAAGUCGCUCUAAAGGAACGCUAUGAAUCCAUCACCAUUGGGGAUCUAUUGAAGCAGAGCACCUGGAAGAAUAUCAUUCAAUGGUAUGACAGGCAAAUGGCAACUUGCCGAGCUAAUCUGGAGUCCAUAGGAUUUUCCGAGGCCCUCCAUUUGGCGUUGAAGGAAAAAGGAAAAUACGAUUUGAUUAUUUAUGACAUUGCCUAUGGAGCGGGUUGUUUAUUGCAUUUGGCUUAUCUCUUUGGCAAUACUCCAAUAAUUGGCAUAACAAGUGGCCCAUUAAACAGUCAGAGUCUAUUCACAGCCCAUGAGAGUUUGCUAAAUCCGGCAUUGGAUCCACAUAUUUUGAGUGAUUUCAAUGAAGAUAUGAAUUAUUGGAAGCGUUGGCAUAAUACGGCACUAUAUGCCUUUGAUUAUUUAUACCAAAAAUGGGUACUCAAACCAGUCAUUGAAGGCCUAUGGGCCAAAAACAUGCAUGCCAAAAACAUAUUCACUCCAAAUGAUUUCAAGGAACUCAUGCCACGUUUCCAAGUCGUUUUGGCCAAUCACCAUCCAUCUCUGCAUUCCCUGCAAUCUUUGCCAGCGAAUGUUGUGGCAGUACCAGGUUUACAUAUUCAAGAAACUUCCAAAACUUCUUUGAGUUCUGAAAUUCUAAAAUUCAUUGAAAGUGGUAUAGCUGAAGCAAUUUUGGUAGAAUUGCAGGAAGACAUCGUUGGCUUGGAGAAUAUAAUCAAAUUUUUUGAAGCUCUAAAAUCUUUUCCCCAAACCAGAAUUAUUUGGGCUAAUCAAGGCCAGGCAAAUAGCAAAAAGUUACAAAAAAAUCAACCACAAAAUUUAAUGGUGACCGCCAGUGAUCAAACUCCACAAAUAUUGGCUCAUCCCAAAGUGAAAUGUUCUGUGAUAUCAUCGAAUCUUGUGGAUAUUCAGGAGUCCCUGUAUCAUGGAGUAGUGCCAUUAACCAUUACCACAAAACCUGAACAGAGAUAUAUCGCUCAACGCCUUUUGGAAAGAAAUCUUGGCCUGAACAUUGAAUUGACCUCCUUCGAGGAAGUGGAUGUUAUUCGUCAAAAUCUCAAAAACUGUUUAAAGGAAACAUCUUUGAGCAAAAACGUUCAUCAGUUUGAACGAUCCAUGAAGGAGCAACAAAAUCCUUCUAUGGCCACUGCCACCUGGUGGGUGGAACAUAUACUUCAAAAUCCCAAGGCCAAUGAUCAUCUGUGGACUUCCCGCAAAGAUAGCUCAAAUUUUCUAGUCAUACGUUCGCUCGAUAUUAUUGUGGUAAUACAGAUCUUCUUGGUGUUAUGUGUCAUCAACUCGGUUAUGGUAAUGCGGCAAACCAUUGCGAAUUUCAAAGAAAUGGGCAAAAAAUCAAAAAAGAAGAUUCAAGGUGGCAAAAUAGAAAGUCUGAAAAAAUUAAAAAAAUCCAAAUCGAAGACAUCUUAGUUGUGAUAGGCCAGGUGUUUAUUUUUUGCAAAAUAUCUUUAUUAUGGACUGAGAAUAAAUUAUUAAGUAUUAAAUGCCAUAAAAGAA